AUGGCGACUACAGGCAGCCUCAAUCUUGAGGAGUCUGCUUCUGUAGGCGGUAUGGACCACGUUCUCGACAUUUUGGCAUCUCAUCAACAUCCGUGCAUCAUAAUAGGAUGCAAUGCACACCGCUGGAUGGGCUCUGCAGGGACACACUCCCGUACAUGCGACAUACUCGUUCGCGACUAUCAACUGGAGAGCAUUGCCGUCGAACUUAUUGAGACCAGUCGCUGGGAGCGUGUUAGUCCUGGCCUGUCUCCAUACUCGCACACUCAGCCCGACAGUGCGGACGAUGCCGACGUCAUCCUACGAAGGACAACCAUCGAUGAUGACUCCAAGUACACCGACUUCGAGCUCAACAUGUUGUGCUUGUGGUCGGAAGCCACGUACCGUAUCCAGGUCGAUGACUGUCCUACCAUCGAGGUGCCAGACAUUCAUGUCGUGAACAACGUGCUGAUGGAAGAAGACUGGCAUCCAGCUGCUCAGCGCACAGAUGGUUUUUGGUACGGUCCUUGUCCUCAUCAGGACUCAAAGAUGAAAAACAUUCCCAAAUGGCUCACACCGCGGCCGCUAUCGGUCAAAGGAUAUCCACGAGGCAAGAGCCCAUCAAAGGACACUCCUAUCUUCGUCCCAACUCUUCCAACUUACCUGGAUGCUCUCAUAUACCACGUAACUCAAUACAAAGAGUCAAGACGAGGACUUUCGUCAGAGUCGUCCUGGCAAAUCAGAAACCUGACUCGAUAUCUGUACUUGGAAUUGCCACACCAGCAACUACCACUACUUAUAGAACUCGAAGAAGACCAGUUCAUGCAGGAGUACCUUCGGACCUACGUGAGAAAGCCUUACUUUGUGUAUCACGAUGUUCCUGGGUUGGGGUUCAUAGGGACACGAGUUAGAGAGUGGGAUCCAGCUAGUUUCCCAGAUUAUCCCAGAAGGAUUACUCCAGAUAUUCAGGAAAAGAUUUCAUAA